AUGGCGGUGGCACCUGCGCCCAGCGGCUUCUUUCUCUGCGUCUACUGCGACCGCAAGUUCCGCAGCUCGCAGGCGCUCGGCGGCCACCAGAACGCGCACAAGACCGAGCGCAGCGUCGCCAAGCGCCGGCUGGAGAUGGCCGCCGCCAAGCGCCGGCGGGAGAUCGCCGCCGCCACGCGCGCGCAGCACGUGAGUAAUUCCCUGUCUGUAUCUUGGAAGGCGAGGGAGAAGGCUGCUGCUCCUGGGAUGCUUGGGCCUGCAGGAUGCAAGCGCGCCAGAAGCUCGUUGGAGCGCGCCGACGAGGCCGAGCUGGACUUGUCUCUCCGGCUAUGA